UUCGUCUUUCUUAGAUGAUCUAUUCUAAUCUGCAACUCUGCUCUUUGAAUCCCGAAAGACAAAAACAGAGUCCGUUAACAAAAACGUAACCUUUUAUGCCUCUGCAUGCAUCAACCAACCGAUGAGCCUCUCGUCCUCUGUAAUCUCAUCAUCUGUAAGUCCUUCUCUCUUUUCUUUUUCCCCUGCAGCCGUCUCCCGCCGUCCUAUUUCAUUUUGGAUUCGGAAUUCCUGCCGAUGAACGGACUAGGAAGCGGUUACAUGAGUGACACGCUUUUAUCACAGAAAUUAUCUCCGAGCGAGCUCCAUCCCUACCUUCGAACAUGAGCGACGAUGACGACAUCCCCGAACCCGAUUGGUCGGCUUUGCCGGGCGAGAUUCUGGGUGUCAUCGCUCAUCGAUUUCUAAUCAAAUUGAAGGAUUUCAUCCGAUUCCAAGCUGUUUGCAAGACUUGGAGACGAGCCCUAGCGGCGGAGGACAAGCUGAACCACCCGCGGCGGCGGCCCAGGUUUACCCAAUCGGUCCCAUGGCUGAUGCUUCCCUACUGCCGCAGCAGCAACAUGAUCCGCAGCUCGGAAGCCAUGGCGGGAUGCAAAGGUACCGAUAGCUGCAGGUGCUUCUUCGAUGUGACGGAGCAGCGGUUCCACCACAUCGAGGUCGAGAUGCCGGAAGGUUUCAUAAACAGCAGGAGAACGCCCACUUGCUGCCGCGGUUCGAGCUUCGGCUGGCUGUUCAUGUUGCAGAGGGGCCCAUCGUUGCUCCUGCUGAACCCUCUCACAGGGGAUCGGAUCUGGCUGCCUCCGAUCACGAGUUUCCCCCACGUGGAGGGGUUUCGGCCCGAGAAGGUCGGGUGUGAGUACAGAUUCGUAAUGCGCGGGGAGAAGAUUGCUUGUGGCAAGAUGGCUAUGGAGCGAAGGUACAUAAUGAAGGUUGCCCUUUCAUCCGAGCCGACAUCGGAGGACUGUGUUGUGAUGGUCAUACAUUCUCCAGAGUAUCCCACCCUGGCGUUUUGCAGGCCAAUGAUGAGGCGCGGCGGCGAUGAUGAAGUGUGGACCGAGAUUCCUCGCGAUGGUGAUGGUUUUGGUUAUUUCACGGAUGUGGUGUUCUGGAGGGGACAGUUUUAUGUGAUGGACGAAGUUGGGAGGAUUUCUGUCUGCAGCAUUACUGCUGCCCCGCCGAAGCUGUCCAAGUUUGUAGUUCAUCCCUGUCCGGAAAUUAGUUGCAAGUCCUACUUGGUUAAGAGUCCGGAUGGAGGUGCGUUGAUGAUGGUGGCGAGGAAUGUAAUUGAGCUAGAAGAUGACGACGACGAUGAUGAUGGUGGCCUCGAUGAAUUCCUUCGCAAUCGAGCUCUCAAUCAUGGCCACGUAAGUAAGGCCGUGUCCCUUGAUGGAGCUGAUGCAUACAUUAUGGAUCGCGACGACGAUGAUGAUGGUGAUGGCGGGGACACUGCUGCAGCGGUACGUGCAGAUGUAAAUCCUGCCGAAUGUCAGUCGCUGACCGGUGAAUUCAAAGUUUACAAGCUGAACGAGGAUACGAUGGCGUGGGUCGAGGUGGAGAGUAUCGAUGAUUUCGCCAUCUUUCUGGGUAUCAACUCUGCUGCCUGCGUCUCCACCACGGAUCAUCCUGAAUUGGGGUUGAUUCCGAAUUCUGUUUAUUACACGGAUGAUAUGUAUGACGACCAUGUUAGGCACAAGUAUGCAGGUUCGGACAUGGGAGUUUAUAACCUUGCCACUCGGACGGUUCAGCCACUGUACUCCAUUAGCUCGGUUCACGCAAGACCUUCGUUGAUUUCUACAAUCCCUGUAUGGAUCUUACCAUCCAUCUAGUACUUGCUACCUUCGUUGUUCUUAAGUUAGUGUUUUUUCCCCUCUUUUUUUUGUUCACAGAUUUUGAUAUUUUUGCUUCUAUGUAUGGUGAUUCUUGUUCCCCAUUUGGUCAAUCAAUCUGCCAAUCGAGCUAAAUGUUAUCUAAAGAGUGUUAACAGCCCCCUGCCAUCAACACAGAACUUAGGCCAGAUAUAUAGCAUCAGCACAGAUCUUCGCAGCAGACAUUCGGAAUAUCCAUAAUCUAUGCAUAAUGAUAGUGUGCUAGGACGCAAAAGAUGGCAUAACCUGCAAAAACAGGAAAAACAAGCAUGGAAGUCUAAGAGUUUGUCAUACCUACCUGGUCCUUUUCUUUUUCGAACUCGAGUAAUUUGAAGCAUGAGCAUCAAUGAACAUUGACUUGCUCGACUUUUAGCUUAUCGUUGGACGUUUAUUUUUCACUCUUCCAUGAACAAGUUGCAGGCUUUUUGCCUUCCCGCACAUAUCUCAGGUAUACCUCAAAUAACUCUGCACUACAUGAUUUCUGUUCUGCUUUUCAAGGCUAAGCCCCAUUUUCAAUCAGAUGGCCAGACGGAGCACCUAACUCGAUGCUUGGAAGACUACUUACGAUGCAUGGCUUCAUCACCGACCAGAAGGUUGCACAUGUCUAGUUCGAACGCUAGCAAACAUGGGUUCUUCGCUAAUUGCUAUUAACACUGAAUCUGAAUCAGCUAAGAAGCUGAUGAAAGUGAUCAAAGAAGUUCAUUUGCUGAGAAUUCAUUUUAGAAAAUACCCUUGUGUUUGUUGGUUGACAGCUUCAAUUCCCAAACAAUCUAAUGGCAUCUACAUUAAGGGUGGGACUGUUUAUUGUAACUAAAGUAACUGAUAAUUAAUCUACAGAAAGCCAUUGCAUUAGUGAUAUCUCAGUUGGAGUUCUAAUGACGACAAGGGGGAAAAAGGCCUACAUGAUUCAUAGGUAGAGGAACUCAGCCAUUGUUUUCGCCAUUCUUCUCGCCUGCAUUAUAGGGUGGUGUUCAAACGAAAUGGUUACCGUCAUAAUCGUUUUAAUCGAUAGUACGUAUUUGGAUAAUUUGGUUUGGUUAAUUAAUUUUGAUAAUUGGUUUGGUUUGGUUAAGUUUUUUAGCAUGUUUGGUUUAGCUGGUUUGGUUUGGUUUCCGACACUCAUAACAAAUGAAACCAAACUAACCAGUUAAGUAAUUAGUCAUAUAUCUAAUAUAUAUAUAUUAUAUACGCAUAUUAAAUACUUUGCAUAGCCACUCAAGAGACAAAUGUUCCUUCUUUUUAGCCUCAUAAAAAAAAUAAAGCUCAAAAUUGUUCAUGUACUGUAUAUUUGUAUUUGUAGAGUGUAGACCUCAACAUAUGAAUGCCUAAUUUAGAUAAAAACUCACACAUUAUGUUGGAUGAAAACUUGAAAGUAAGGUAUUUUUCAGCCUAUGAUAAUUGCUAAGAGACUAAGUCAAUUCUAACAAACACAAUAGUUUACUAACCCCAUACCAUUGACAUAUAUUUUUGCUAUGUGAAUACAUCUAUUGAUGGUAAGAUAAUUAUUAGGCGAAUGUAUUUAUAUUAAGAUUUAACUAUAAUGAUGUGUUGAUUGUUAUUUUUUAUUUAAUAUAUAAAUUGUGAAUUGAUGCAUAAACUGAAAUUUUUUCUCUUAAUGAUACUGUGAUGUUAUAUUGGUUAAUCUAGUUAACCAAUUAAUCAAACCGAUUAACUUUAGUUUGGUUAAUUUAGUUGUUGUAUUAGUUUGGACGAUUUGGUUAUGAUAUUGUAUUUCAUGAUUAUUAGUUUGGACGGUUUGGUUAUGAUAUUGUAUUUCAUGAUUAUUAGUUUGGACGGUUUAGUCUUAUUUGGUUUGUUAAUUACCAUGAUAACCAUUUGAACACCCCUAGAGAGAUCAAUUCCUAGUUAAUCCUCUAUGUUUCUAAUCCCUAGAUAGAGCCAAAUCUCUUGGUUCUAUCAUCUAGUAUCUUGGUCUGGACAACAUACGUAUAUAUGGUAUGGUCUGAUCCAGACCUCGCCGUUUCCCACUCUUAUUGUAAACGAUGUUGUUUUAGCACAAUCUCCUUCCUCGUCUUAAUCAUCGAUUUGUCAAUGCACUUAAGCACGCCUGAAUUCGAUUAAUCACGCCUCAGGAAGAUUGAUCAUGUCUAGAUGCCACCUAACUUCACCUAGGCAUUUUAAAUGUCUAAUACUAAUACUCUGCUUAGAGCCUAAAUGAGACAUUUUGUCGCUGCCUAGUGUAUACGACUUAUGUGGAAUUACGUCUUCUUGAAUUAUGGUUUCAGUAUAAUUUUGUCAAGUACCUCUAGAGAUGGUAAUCCAAUCAUGGAUAAUUAGCAUAAACGAUCACAAACAUUUGCACUUAGUACAAGACAAACACAAAUUUUUAAUUUGUAACGAUAAGGUAACAAAAGUUUGAAAUUGUAUGGUCACCUCUGUUUAAUUUGUGAUCAUUUUGUAUUAAUUGCAAAUGUUUGUUACCAAUUCGUUACAGAUUAAAGGUGUGUGACUGUUUUGAGGUUGGAUUGUGUGUUCGUCAGGUAUAUGACACUAAUCACUUGUAUGAAUUGGUCACGCUGUUUAAUUUGUGACCACAACUUUUGUUAGCAUAUUAUAGAUUUCUCACCUUUUAUGGUUUUUUUUUUUUUUACAAUCAAGAUCUGGACUUUUAUUAAUGGGCUAAAUUGUCAAUUUUGCAAAAUGAAUAAUAAAAAGAUAGGGGGCCUCCCUGCCCAAAACUGUCACAAUGCUAUCCAUCACCACCAUUUAUGCUAAUUACUCGUAUAAAAGGCCGGGCUUAAUUGCACGUUUGGUCACUCGAAUUGCUACAAAAUUUCACGUUUGGUCACUAAAAUUGGUUUAUUCCAUUAAUAGUCACUUAAAUUAGUUAAACAGUCUAAGUUCGGUCACUCUUCGUUAACCUCCGUUAGACUCUGUUAAUGACGACCAUUAAGUGAUGACGUGGCUAACAGAAGAUCACAGUCAGCAUAUUUUAACCCUAAAAAAUGACUACCCAACCCGCCACGUCAGAUUUGCCCACCAUAUCACCCUUCCCUACCCAACCUGCAAACCAACCCAAUAAUCGACCCAACCCCAAACCCGACCCCCUGCAAUUUACUCUAAUUUUUAGAGUAUCCAUAUCAAUGCAGAAAUGCAGUUGCAAUAGUGGUGGGCAUUCGGUCGGUUCGGUUUCGACCGAACUAAAAUUAUGAAUACCGG